GCCUGCUCGCCUUUCGUCUGCAAAUAGGACUCUGCUUUUUUAAAAUUGUAUUUUAUAUUUUUUUUAAUCGCAUCAUCGCUCCCCCCCAUCCCUCCCUCCCUGUCUUCCGCCUCUACGGAUGUAAUUGAGAAUCUGUGUGAAUUCACGUGGGGGAUCCAGUUACAGCUUGUUCCGCUCUGGGGAGAUUCAAUCAGAAUCGCCUUUUGGACACGCAGCCUGGUUACUAACCUUUGCACUGCAAGGAUCAAGUUCAGCUCCGGUCCCCGCAUUGGGACGGGCAGGGAAGCGGCGGGAGACUGCAAUCUCACUCGCGAGCCGCCCCGCGCCGCAGCCCCGCGCUGCCCGCAGCCCGGCGGCGCGGAUGCAGGUAAGGCGCCCGUCCGCCGACUGCGGCUGCACGAGCCCCAAACUUGGGACCGGCGGGUGCCCGGCGGAUGUGCCUCGCUCCAGCCCCGCACCGCUCCGGCUCCUGCGGGUUUUGUAGCGCUGCUUUGUGACUAAUGACCUUGCGCAGAGUUGUUCACAAAAAAAAAGACAAAAAAUCCUCUCUGAACAUUUGAGGAAGAUGGAUCUGGGUGCUUGUCUGCCGAGCAAAGGGACUGCUCUGUAAUACCACGGCUCCUCUGCUGCCAAGUGCAUCACUGGGAUUUUGCAUUGUAUUUUCUAUUCUUUCAUUUUCUUUUUUCUUUUUUUUCCUUCCCUCCCCCUCUCCAUUGCUAAGAGGAUUUGUGGAGUUUUCCGGACACGAGCCCUUUGAAUGAAGCGAUUCACAUUUUUCCAGCCACCCCCCCUGCGUGUGCGGAGGGAGGGAGGGAGGCAGAGAAAAGCUUAAUGCCUCGGUCAUAAAGGGCUGGGAGAGAAAAGAGUGCGAUCUACUUAACUCGAGCGGCGAGGAAGACGACCUGGGGGGCUUCGGUUCGCACUCUGCAGCUCCGGCUUUUAUUGCAAACCUUGCAAAGUGAUUACAGUAAAAUCGGAGAGGAGGAGGAGGAGGAGGAGGAGGAGGAAAAUCCCGUCCUAUCUGCCGAGAUGAAUCUUUAAACAGCAGCGCACGCUGUCCCGUGAACUGCGAGUGCCUCGCAACUGGGAGAGGAGCCGCCGCCAGGGCUCCGGCCACCGCUUGCACCGGCUCCGGGACCACAAGUUUGCAGCCGCGGGAGGCUUUUCUCGCCGCUCGCCCGCCCGCGUGCCCGGUGGCCGCCCGGGGGAGUGUGCGGGGGGGCGGGCGGGAGGGGGGCUGGGGUGCAGAGAAGAUGAGGAAGAUGCGGACUCCCCUGGGCUGCGUGCGCUGCUGCUGCUGCUGCUUCCUGCUGCUCCUGCCUCCUCCGCUCUGGCUCAGCCUGGCCGCGGCCAAGCAGCUGCUGAGGUACCGGCUGGCCGAGGAGGGCCCCGCCGACAUCCGCAUCGGCAACGUGGCCUCGGACCUGGGCAUCGUAACGGGCUCGGGCGAGGUGACGUUCAGCCUGGAGUCCGGCUCCGACUACCUGAAGAUCGACAACAUGACCGGGGAGCUGAGCACCACGGAGCGGCGCAUCGACCGCGAGAAGCUGCCGCAGUGCCAGAUGAUCUUUGACGAGAACGAGUGCUUCCUGGACUUCGAGGUCUCGGUGAUCGGCCCCUCGCAGAGCUGGGUGGACCUCUUCGAGGGCCGGGUCAUCAUCCUGGACAUCAACGACAACACGCCCACCUUCCCAUCGCCCGUGCUCACCCUCACGGUGGAGGAGAACCGGCCCGUGGGGACGCUCUACCUGCUGCCCACCGCCACCGACCGCGACUUCGGCCGCAACGGCAUCGAGCGCUACGAGCUGCUGCAGGAG